CCGCUGGAGGGCGAAGACCCUUGCCGCGCUUCCCUUGCGCUUUCCUCCUCACCUCCGUCUUAAACGCUCCAAAACAUGGCGGCGGGCCAGCGACGUGCGUUAUCGGCGGGUUCUCAUUUUGCGAGCGACGGCUGAAUGGGUACGUAAUGGCCGAGGAAGCCUUCACUUUCAUUGGUGCCACCCUCCCUUGGCUGCAGCAUGGCUGAGGUCAGGCGUUCUGAAGUUCUGGCUGCAUCACGGUCCCGUACGGGAUGGCUUGAUGAACCCCCUCCUACGUCUACAUCUCCUACAUCUCCAGCAAAGCCCUUCAUUUCAAGUCUGCGCUCAACUUUUGAGCAACGAACGAACCAGACACAAGAUGGUGCUGAGCGACGACGCGUGGCACCGGCAGGCUCCAAGGCAGGGUCUAAGGUCAGCUCAAUUGCAAAUAUGUUCCAGGCCCGUGAUGAUUGCAAAACUGCCUCCAAUGAAUCGCUCUCACGCACGUCCCCCCUAGAGCCAAACACAGCCGAGGCAGCAAGACCGUCGGGACCGCCAACAUUAACACGGAGUGACAGUCAUGUUGCACGGUUUUACAAUGCGCGCGCCAUGUUUGAGCGUCUGCAGGAGGCAUCCAAAAAACCCCAGCCUGUGUCGGGGCGCAAAGGAAGUGUCGCCAGCUCACCAGCUAGCUCUCCAUCCUCUGCCACCCCCGCCACAUCAUUUCCCAAAUGGAACGAAGAGGGGCCUGCCGAGGAAUGUUCCCAAAGCCUUGUAAAUGGAGACUCCCAGCACAGUGCCAAAGGCAGUAUUGAGGCAGUCAUUGACCCUGCCAGGAAUGGGCCCAGUUCUGCCAUCUCCAACGGUGUUACAAGGCCAGAGCUGCCAGGAACGUGUGCUGGAAAAGAUGCUACAGCCUCUGAAGUUGAACCUCCUGUUAAGGUGCCACAGCACAAAAAGCCAUCUGCGCCACCACGGGUAGAAUCAUUGAGGCGGUCAUCCGAAGAUGGUCUCUUGCAGGCGGAGUUGCCUCGACUACCCGAAGAUGCCAGUGCUGUGCCACAGGAACCUCCAGUGCCCCCACACAGUCAGCCUGUGGGUGAAGAAGCAAAUCAAACUCUGUCAUCUGCUCAAAGUAGUUCUAGUUGUUCAUUAGACUCAGGGACUGGGGAAUCUCGAAUUUCAGACCAAGCGAGUGAACGAUUGGAUGCCCCUUUGCCAAAAAACUCAGUGCCUGUAUGCUCGAACAAACCACAGCAGGAGCAUAGCACAGUGCACCUAAAAGAAGAUAGCCCACUCUGUGCUGAUCCCGGUGAAGCACAAGAAGGAGAAAAGAGCUGGGGAGCUUCAGAAGGAACUGACAGUGCCAAACAGCCUUUAGGCAGUGUGUUUGCUCGGGCCAACAAUAGCAAGCCACCGUUGCCUUCUAAACCUCCGGUGCUCCAUCAUGCUCCUUCCAAGCAUGACCCUUGUCCCUCAGUUGAAAUGGAUGAUGUGCCUCAUUGGCCUCAGCAAGAUUAUGUUGGCCACAACGGGAUUAGCGAGCCCCCUUCCAACAGCGUUAUUCUCUAUACACUAGCAGCAGCAUCAGGAAGAUCUACAAUGCUUUUACAACAGGACACUGUCUGCCAUGACAAGUACAGCAACAACAGUGGUUUAAAGCAUGCCGCGGGUGAAACCUUGGCAGAGCUUGGGACGCGAGAGCAUGAAUUAUUCAACGUUGAAGCAGUCAUAAAUUCGCGCUCAUACAAAGGAGAUCCAUUUGGAGAUAUUAACCUUGAUGCUCAAGUGGAUGGCAGUGGUGUGGAGUUUAUGACACAGGAGGAGGCAGAUAAACUACUUAGUUCAAGCCGGCAGCAAGAGAUACUGAGUGAUGAAGAAGCGCAAGAGGUACGACGGCUGCUUGUGUUGCGCACGCCGUCGCCAACGGUGGCUGAAGAGGAGAGUCGGCCACCCAGCGUAGUGCUGGUGGAGGAGGAGGGCGUCGCCUACCAUGUGCUGCCAGAUGGAAACUUCUUUACUGAACAGCCUGGCCUGGCAAGCGACGACGAGGAAGAGCCAUAUCCGGUGCCCUUCCAGCCACGCCCCACACGAGUCAAAUUCAGCACUGAACCCAUCAAGGUUUUCAGCACGCAUUCAGUUGACGAGUAUGAUAGACGGAACGAUGAAGUGGAUCCAGUAUCGGCAUCGGCAGAAUAUGAGCUUGAAAAGAGAAUCGAAAAGAUGGAUGUGUUUCCUGUUGAACUUGUAAAAGGCCCAGAAGGACUGGGCCUCAGCAUUAUUGGCAUGGGAGUUGGUGCCGAUGCUGGGUUAGAAAAACUGGGAAUUUUCGUCAAAACUAUUACAGAGAAUGGAGCUGCCUACAAGGACAACAGGAUUCGUGUCAAUGACCAAAUCAUAGAAGUUGAUGGAAAAUCUCUGGUUGGUGUCACACAAGCCUAUGCUGCUUCAGUUUUGCGAAACACAUCUGGUCUUGUUCGGUUCUUGAUUGGGCGUGAGCGGGACUCGACAAACAGUGAGAUAGCGCAGCUCAUCUACCAGUCAAUUCAGGCAGACAGGGAACGGGAGGCUCGGCUCAAAGGCAUGGCCCAAGAGGUGGUUCCUGGUAGUGGGCUGGACUCCCUUGCUUCGACUCCUGACGACGAAGUGGAUGAAUUGGCUCCUGGUGCCAGCUUCGAGCUUUCAAAUGACAGCAGCGAUUCCCUCUCGCCUGACGCUGACCCAGACAACUUACGGCUGCGGUUCAAGGAAACACAAUACCGUCUGGCAGUGGCUGAGGCAGAGGCACGGUCUGUGCGUGAGCGACUGUCAUUGGCCGAAGGCGAGCGGCGAGAUCUGGGCCGUCUGCUGGAGGGGGCCCAGGGACGGCUGCAAGAGGCAGAAGCAGCGGGCCAGGCGCUGCGGUUGGAAGCUGCCCAGCAGCGCCAAGCAGCCCAUGAUUUGCGUGAGCGUUUGGUUGCCCUUGAGGCCAAGUAUGCUCGUGCCAAGCGCUUGCUGCGUGAUCUGCAACAGCGUGCCCAUGAGGCUCGCCAACGUGAAGAGUACCACUUGCACCAGCUGCACGAGAAGGAUCAUGAGUACAACGCACUUGUCAAGGCCCUCAAAGACAGGGUCAUACUGCUUGAGAACUGCCUGACGGAAACACAGAAAGCAGCUGGUGUUCCUGUGCAGUUGCCCUAUGAUAAUACUAUGAAACUUCUUACACCUCAAAUGAAGAAGCGAAGGCCACCACCUCCUGCAGUUCCUCUUUCAGAACUGGACAGUGAUGAUUGCCUGAGGUGUGAAUUGAGUCCUGAUGAAGUGUCUGGUGAUCACCGGAGAUCAACAGUAGAGCGGCGUGGCGCGGGCGAUGCAUUUGAUCGAGCGGUGCCUCAUACUGAGCUUCUGGAUUCGACUGCUGCCAAAGCUAAGGCUGAGCUGGCUGCCAAGGGCAGCCUUGCGAACCGACAGCCCCCUUCUGUGUCGGCUCUCAAGAAACAAACGAGCGCUGACCUAGCUUCUCCUGAUGAGCAGCAGGAUCUCAACACAUCUAUCAACAGCACAGGGUCAGAGACAUCAAUUCAAAGCUCAUCUCAUUUAUCUGACACAAGCAAUGCGUCUGACUCUUCACCUACUAGACCUCUGUCCCAGCAGCUUGGUGAUGACUUUAAGUCAGCUGUCCUUCAGUGGCAAAAUAAGGGGCACACUGAGAGCUCUGGGUCCCUGGGCUCCUUGGACAGCCCACCUGGAAGGCGAGUCUCCUCACUCUCUUCACCAACAGACUCCCAGCAGAGCCUCUCACCAGUCCCCACACCACCACCUCAUGCUCAGAAAGUUACUCUGCUCACUCAUAAGAAGAUUGAUAGCAGCUUGCCUCGGGACUGCGGCAGCAGUAGCAGCUUGCGGUCUAGCAGCAGCAACCAGGGGGAGUCCAGUGGACGCGAACGGCGGGAAGAAGUGAGGCCACAUCACUGGCAGAGUGGCCCUGUGGAUCGCUGGAGUGUGUCCCAGGUGGGCCAGUGGCUGGUGGUGCUGGGCCUCGAAGCACAUGUGGCCACCUUUGCCACUCAGGGCGUUGGUGGUGAGGCUUUGCUGCAGCUAGACAGUGCCCGACUUAAGGAGCUGGGAGUGGUGUCUACAAGUGAUCGGUCUUUGCUAAAGAAAAAGAUCAAGGAGCUUCGUUCCCAGCUGGACAAGGAGCGCAAGGCCCAAGAGAAGGAAUUACGUGCCCGUGAGAAACUUCAGCGCAAGGCAGACAAGGCAAAGCGCAAGUGAGCCCACAGCUCUUUGACUGAGAACAGCCAUGGUGGCUUUUACCUUUGUUGCCACUCUCCUUGGAGAAUUCAUGUGAGCUAGCGUGUGCUAAGUUCAUUCCGAACACAACGAACGUCACACUCACUAUGUGCAUUGGGCAGCCCCAGGAAUAAGCUACCUGAGAGCAUGCUCCUCUGGGAAGGAUGUGAUGCUGCGUAUAUUUUUUUUUUUGUUUAUUUCAAUAUGCUAUGCUUUGAGGCAGUCUCUGGAACAGAGAUCUUUAGAGGGAAUGAUGGUUCAUGAGUGUUCCCGUUAUUGUCUUUCCUCGUUUGUUUGCUUGCACAUAUGGCUGAAGGCCUUAUUAGUAUGUAAAUGCACAUGCACACAUAUAUUUAACAAACAUUCCUUUUACACCAGAGUUUAUGUGACGCCUAUGGGUUGUAACUGAUCCCCCGGCAGCUAGUGGAAGUCCCUUGUAUUGUUGCUGCUGUUAAGGCAGGGAGUGGUUGAUUUUUGUCCUGAACACUACCACUCCCUAUUAUUCCCCCACCCCCCAUCCCAUCGUGUGUGUGUGUGUAUCAAUUAUGUUUGUUUUUUGCCCUUUUAGAUAUUCAGUGUGUCAUUUCACAGAGGUUCUUGUUUGUCCCCCAUCACUUGCAGAGCUCACUCCUUAAGAUGUCAUUGUAGUUGUGGCUCCGUGUACCAUUUUGUACAUUUCAUAUGAGUACCUAGUAUUUGUUGUGUUCUUGUUGAUCUUAGUCAUGUAGGAUGUCGUGGGGCAGUGAAUGAGUGUUUCGAUUCUUGAGGGCGUGAGGGCAGCCGUGCACGCAGGCUAUUUCUUCUUGAAUCAAUAUUCACUUGAUUUUGCUCCCUCUGUCUUCUGUGCUAUCUUCCAUUUGCUCUGCUCAUACUGCACCGUACUAUUCUUGUGCCCGACUUAUUGUAUUUCCCUGUCGCUUUGCAUGUGUGAAACUCAGAAAAUACUUGCCUAAAGUUGCGGCUAUAAUGUGUGGGUGCUGUUUCUAUUGUUGCAAUUUUUUUUUCUCAAGAUACCUCUGUGCAUGUUACCAAAAUUGGGGCCAUUUCUUUUAAAGACAGGGUACCAUGUCUGUACAGUAGAACAUUGCUGUUGUAAGCUGCUUUGUGGUUAACAUAUUGAACCAGUAAGAAAAUGCAUUGUCGGCCACUCUUGUUAACAGACCCAGUUGCAGAACAGAAAGUCCAUAAAUUUUAUUGGUUGGUGGUAGGUUUUUUUUUUUCUGCUUAUUUCCCAGUUUUCAUAUUUUAGAACACAAUAACGUGUAAAGAGCAAUAUUCAUUGUACUGAUGCUAUAAGUUUGUAUCAUGUGUAGACUUAUAGAGAAAGCGUCCACCCAAAUUACAAAUUAAGUGGUAUGAAGUGCAGAAAAAGUUUGACUGAAAUUAUACUCUACGGUUUAAGCUGGAUGCAACACGCACUUUGAGGUAAAGCACACUAGAUUGCAUACUGCCAAUGCCGGCAAUGUACAUGAUCAAAUGUCUUGGUCGCAUUGCCUAAUGUAUGCUGCUUGCCAAGUUAUUUUUUUCCCCAGAUAGCUACUGUAAGCUGCUGUAGGCAAAAACGUCUGUACUCUCACACUUGUACUGUAUAACUGGAAUCAAUGUCUGGCUUUGUUUUUAAUGAAAGCUGCGUAGCACUGCAUUUGUGUUCUUGUCCUGUGGUACUUUCAGCUCAUGCAGAGAAAAAAAACAACACUUCUGUUGCAGUGAGAAUACCAACAUGUUAAAGGUGUCUUUUUUGCUUAAUGAACUGUGCAUGCUACAGCAGUGUUCUACUGUACUAGUAUUUAAUAAGUUGAUGUCAGAUGCUUUUCAAAAGCUUUUAUUUAGAGAUUGCAGAAGUUAUGGUGUAUUUUACCUAUGUUAUAGUUUGUGAACUAGCACUGUUGUUUCAGGGUGGCCGAGUAAAUAGCUCAGUCUUAUCUUUUCCAGGCAGAGCUGCAUUUCAGUGCAUGAAUUAUCAUGCAGAGUACCAGUCUAUGAGAGUUUGUCUUGUGUUACAUUAUUGGCAGCUGCUAUGCACUCCUUUUUUUUUUAAAACUGUGUUAACUGCUCUUCUUUGUAGCUGUGCUGGUUGUGAAACUCUGAAGGUGCUGGUUUUAUGACAGAAUUUGCAAGUAUGUUGAGUAGCACUUUACAACCUCAAAGACUUUAGCAGGAAAAGAUUUUAAGCAACAUUUAUUUAUGCCAAUGGUAUUCACUCAUUCUUAUUGUGUUUUUUUUCCAUAUGUAAACUUGUGGCAUUUCUGCAUAGCAGUCAUUAAAAAAAAAAAAAAAAGCCAUGGGCCGCUCAUGCACUGCCUUUUUGUAUAUUGAACAUGUCACAUUUGCAGACUGUCAAAUGUCUUGGCUCAUAGCUGUGUGUGUGGUGUGAGUGCAAGUCCCAUGUGAUGGGACUUGAGCAUAAUUGGGCUAAACACGAUGUUUCCUUAUGAGUUGCUGUGUAACACAUGAAAAUGGGUGCAGAUUGGAUUCGGUGAAUUAAAACAUACUACCACUCUUACUACGGCAGUGGGCUGCAGCACAAAGGUUAUCGAACUUGAUUCAAGUUGGUGAUGAUUUAAAGUACUGGCGUAAAAUUAUUAUUACGUUAUUCUAGCUUUAGAUUGAUUGGAUGGUGUGUUGAGUGUUGCAGCCAAUGACAAAUGUGAAACAGAUGGCUUGGCCUUGAAAACUUCAAAUGCAUUAUACUAUGCUGGUGCUUUUGCAUUCAAUAUAUUUUGUAGCUUUCGAAUGGUGUUUCUGAAGGAUAGGAUGUAGGAUAUAGGCUGCUGAAUAUUGAUUUUCAGCAAAGGAAAAUGCAGAAGUGAACCAAACCUUUGAUGUUUGGCUCUUUGUCACUUCUGAGGACUCCGCCACUUCUUAUCUCUUUUGAAGAUGAUAGGCUCCUGGCAUUUCUGACUUUGCUCACUGUCUUUUGACAGCUGAACUGCCCUUCUCUGAUGCACUUGACUAAUUGCUGUGGGUUGCUGGCAGAGCAUCAGAAUGUUAAGAGAAGCCAUUUACUGAGACAGAUGGAUACCCCUGUGUAACGAAAAAGAAAUCGUAAUAUAUGUGUGUAUGUAAAAAAAAUUGAAAAAGGAAGUUCAGCAGUCAUGGCUGACGGUAAAAGUAAUAUGCGUGUGGUGGUGUGGUGUUGUAACAUUUUCAUGAAGUACUGUUUCAUUAGCCUGCAGUAAGAAAUCUUCAAGUCUGGAGGGAAAACUCUUUAGUAAUUUUUCCAGUGGUCCAGAAAUUACUUAUUUGGUGCAACACAAUGUUUCAAUUGCACUGGCAGGUUGGAUUACUAAUGAAGCAGGCAUAUGCCAAUACACUGAACCUGAAAGAACCAAGGUAACUUCAGAAUGUUGCGGAAGGUGCAUGGGUUCAUGCUAGGUUUCUUUUGCUCAAAGCAUCCAGAGAGCACAUGAACAAAUGCUGAAGCAUAACUCCAGCUUUCCUGUCAGUUGGCUCUCACUUUACUCUAUACAGGCCCUCGACGCUUGCGUGACAGUUUUUUGUACAUGCUGUGAUAGCGCCUGAAAACUUGAUGUUUUUCAUUUUAUGUUUACAAAGUACAUAUUAUACUUAAAGUGAUGCUCGAACUAAAAUCAGGCACUUUUUUUUCUUUUUUACCAGUAUGUGCAUUCAUUGCACACAUAUGCCAGUAGAAGUAGUGCUUGUAGUGUUGUAGCUCAAGAUCUGCUCCUUCAUUUGGAAGGACUUAAAUUGCAGGCAGAGACCUUGAUGUAUUUUGUCCAUGUCAUCUCUUGAAGGCUGCAUGUGUCAUGGUGAUUUGGCUGUGGUUUUUAAGUUCGCGUGAAUAAAUUGGAUUGAUGACAACACAGCA